AAAAAAAAAUCGAAUUUUUGAGCUCUAGAAGCUGGUAAUGGCGGCAAAGAUGGAUGCUUUCUUUGUUUCUCAUGGCUCUCCGAUGCUCUCCAUUGACGAGAGCGUCCCAGCAAGGGGCUUCUUCAAGCUGUGGAGAUCCCAGGUCCUGCAGACCAUCCCCAGGGCCAUUCUCGUCGUCUCCGCCCAUUGGGAGACCUCUGUUCCCACUGUAAAUGUGAUCUCUGGCACCAAUGAUACCAUCUAUGAUUUCUAUGGCUUCCCCAAGUGCAUGUACAAGCUCAAGUAUCCUGCACCAGGUGCACCAGAACUGGCCAAGAAAGUGAAAGAUCUGCUACAAGAAGCAGGCUUUGGUCCAGUGAAAGAAGACAAAACACGGGGGCUCGACCACGGCGCAUGGGUUCCCUUAAUGUUCAUGUAUCCUGAAGCUAACAUUCCAGUUUGCCAACUCUCUGUUCAAACAAAGAAGGAUGGCACAUACCAUUACAACAUGGGAAAGGCCUUAGCUCCUCUAAGGGAUGAAGGUGUUCUUGUUCUUGGUUCAGGGAGUGCCACCCAUAACUUAAGAGCCUUAGGUCCUGAUGAUGCUCCUAUUCCAAAUUGGGCAUUGGAGUUUGAUUCUUGGCUCACUCAGUCACUCAUUAAUGGGAGAUAUGAAGAUGUGAAUCGAUUCGAGGUUAAGGGACCGAAUGCGAAGAUGGCGCAUCCGUGGCCGGAUCAUUUCUACCCUUUGCAUGUAGCUCUCGGGGCGGCCGGGGGCUCGGCGAAAGCGGAGUUGAUCCACAGUAGUUGGACUAACAUCAGUAUCUCUUAUUCUUCUUAUAGGUUUACAUCUGCUGAGUGAUGUUUACCUGAUUUGCCUGCUGUAUGUAACGUAGUGUUUCUGUGAAAUGUUCUUGUUUUUAAGCCUUGUGUGAUUCUGAAGUUCUGAGGAACGUCCAUAGUUUAAUGUCUUCAUUACA